UUUGAAUAUGAAAGAGGGGUCGAUUUGCUUUUGGUUGAGGAAAAUGGUAGGCCGUACGUCAUCUCAUCUACUAAAUUCAUGGUCCUAAAAUGCUUGAUUAUUAGUUGGAAAGACAGAACCAUGUGAUCGUUGUCAUGUAGGGCUUAUCAGAGAAAGCUAUCUGAUCGAUUGCCCUUUGCAUCGGAGGAUAUCUAACUAGUGACUUCUCCUUCUAUAUAAAGCGUUCCUUAUCACUACUAGUUUCACAAACAAACCACAAGAAAUCCAACAAAUUUUUCAGCUUCAUUUCUAGUAAAAUCAACUUAUUUGUACUUGUUUUAUAGAGAAAUGGCGAUCCGUUUGCCUCGUAUAGUACAAGCUAAGCAACUACUGAAGCGGGCUAAUUCUUUUCGGUCUGACAAUGCUGCUGCUGCAGAUGUUCCAAAGGGAUACUGUGCAGUUUAUGUUGGAGAAAGUGAUGAGAAGAAAAGAUACGUGAUCCCGAUUGCAUACCUGAACCAGCCAUCAUUUCAGGAAUUGUUAAUUCAGGCUGAAGAAGAAUUUGGUUAUGAUCAUCCAAUGGGAGGUUUGACAAUCCCCUGCAGUGAAGAAAUGUUCAUUGAUCUAACUUCGCAUUUGAGAGUAAAGGCAAGUUAGUAUGUGGAGAUGGAAAAUGUUAGAAUUAGUUCCCUGUAACUCACAAUAUGUUGUGAAUCAAAAUUUUGUAACUUAG